CCUCCCUCCCAGCCGCCGACUACUCCUCCUCUUCCUCCUCCUCCCCUUUCUUUCACGUGACUCCACCAUCGAUCCCCACGCUAGCCCUUCGAUGGAUCUGGGGUUGGGGCGCUCAAGGAUGGAGGUGCUCAUGGUGGAGGGAGCGAAGGACGGCCCGCAGGCGAGCUCGAGAUGGAGGCGGCCCCGUGGGAGAGGCAGUGAGUCCGGAAGCAAGGGCACGGAGGUCAACAACGAGUGCUCGGGAGAGGAGAGGAAGGCGGCACUCCAGGCAGUGGUGUUGGGCAGAGAAAGAUGCUGGCGGCGGAAGGAGCAGCUCGUCUCUUCCCCUCGUCUCACCUCAUGGAUGAAGGCGCCGGUUCCAGGAGCUCCAUGAUUGGAAAACGUCUUCCUUCAGAAUUUUGCCAAGGUUAUCACACCCCGCAGUCAUGACGUCGCGCGGAGCGACGCAGAGACUGGAACGGAAGUCAUGGAAGACGUCGGCCAGCAAUCAGAUGGCAUCAGUUAAACAAGAGGAGGCAAACACAACCAGUGAUAUCAGCGGUAGCCAAAUUACCCAUGACGAACUGUGUCGGAAGCACAACAAGCCAUUCGAGUAUAUUCAUUGCCCACACGAAGCAAGCUCAACCCGAAAGUUCAAAGGCAAGAAAAUCCAUCUAAAGCCUGGAAAGUACAUUCUCUGUGGUGAGCCUGGCAUCGACCACUUAGAUGAGUUUAGUCGCCACAUUGUGUGGGGCAACACAGUUAAGCUCUACAAUCAUAAUGUUCUUAGACUGUGAAAGAUCAUCCACAACAUCACCACGCCUGAUCGCUACUAUGUGUGCCACAUGACAGAAACAUCUGCAACAGAUAGCAAAAGAAUGUACUUUACGGUUCCCUUUUCUAUGGGUUCCCUUUUCUAUGGGUUCCCUUUUCCCACACAUGGAUGGUGAUCAGGGUGAACUGCCAAGCACUAUUGGAGAUGGAACUAUUGCUGUCACAUCCCGCUUUAUCAAGGGUGUUGACAAAAGGGCCACCAUCACUAGAGGCUGGAGCGACUUCUUCCAUCGGGCACACAUGAACAAAGGGCAAGCAUAUGCUUUUGCCUUCAAAUGCACUUCCAAGGGACUGCGCCUGAUCGUAUACUCAAUAUAAGCAAGUUGCAAGAGCCCCUUGUUAUAUUACUUAGCAUUAGUAUAGAUGCCUACCAAGACUUCUAUGUUUAUCAUCCUUUUGGAUCUUAUGUAAUCACCUAAGACAAUCAUGUGUGUUUAACUAUCGGUUAUUUGUUGCUUAGACUGUUGUGUGGUAUGCUUUUCAAACAACCAUGA